CAAAGCAUCAAGCGCAAAGCUGCCAUGAAUUCUUUAAAUGCAAGCUUUGCCCAGAAUAUUUCCAUUGUUCGUCCAGAAUACUUUUUCAUCACUGGACUUUCAGGUAUACCAUACAGCAUGUAUUACUAUAUUUUUUUAGGUGUCACAUAUCUUAUUGCUGUAAUUGGGAACUCUGUAGUUCUCCUUAUUAUAGCUCUGGAUCGAAGUCUGCACAGUCCAAAGUACAUUGGUGUGUUUAACUUGGCCUUGGCUGAUCUUGGUGAAACUAAUGCAUGGAUUCCUAACACAAUGAAGAUUUUUUUUUCUGACUCACAGUACAUGUCCUACAAUGCUUGCUUGGCUAACAUGUUUUUUGUGAACCUUUUUGUUACUCUGCAAAGUGCCACUCUUGUUGUUCUGGCAUUUGAUCGCUACGUUGCAAUUUGUUUGCCAUUAAGGUAUCACGCAAUAGUGAAUAAUACUGUCAUGUCUUUGGUGUUUGUAGCAAUAUGGGCCUUUAACACUUCUUUGGUGGCCCUGGGAGCAUCUUUGAUAACACAACUUUCAUUCUGUAAAACUAAUGUGGUACAGAGUUAUUACUGUGAUUAUGGAGUAGUGUUUGCCAUGGCAUGCAAUGACAACAGCAUUAAUAUGUUCAUAACAAACCUCAUUGUAGCUUUGUUUCUUGUUGCACCAUUGUUCAUUAUACUCCUGUCAUAUCUGGGCAUUGUUUUUGCUUUAAGUAAAAUUACAACUUGGGAAGCACGUUUAAAAGCACUGAAGACCUGUGUUUCUCACCUUUUGUUGGUUGUAUCUUUCUUUCUUCCUGUCAUAUGCAUUUUCAUUGCUUCAUUAAUUACUUCUCUCACUCCCAAUGCCAGAGUCAUCAGUGGAUCUCUUUCAUUGUCUCUUCCACCAAUGUUAAAUCCUAUUAUUUACGUUUUAAACACAGCUGAAAUAAGAGUUUUAAUUCGAAAACUGCUUAAAAACAGAACUGUGCCAAUUAGAAAGAGCAUUUCAAAACGAUGGUAA